AAUGCUUAAAUACGGUAUCAGGUGAAAACCCCUUCACACUUCCUGUUUGAGAAACCUGUUAUAUUACCAGCCUUUGAGAGCCUCAGUGAUGUGGCUUAGGCAACCUUUAGGAAGCCUCUUUGCUGGAUACAGAUUCCUUCACCUUCAGUGGCUGGUUCCAGGGAAAUAAAAAUGAAACAGGUGCUCUCUCAUGCCCUCUUCUUAAGCGGGGUAGCAGUGGGUUUCUUCAUAAUAAAUAUCACAAUUAAUUUUAAAAUGGACCCAGCUCCACUCGAAAUCCCCAUCACAGAGAGUCCUGUGGUGCAGAAGCUUGACAAAAGUGUUGCGACAGAUCUGACCCAGAAAGUGAGGCUGUUAUGCUGGGUACUAACAGCACCCCAGUUCCUGGAAUCUAGAGCCAAGCAUGUCCACGCCGUCUGGGGCAAACGCUGCAACAAGGUGCUCUACAUGAGCUCUGAGGAGUCAGACUUUCCAACCGUGAAGCUCAACGUGACGGAGGGACGGAAUCAACUCUACUGGAAAACCAUCCGGGCCUUCCAGUACAUCUACGAACACCAUCUGGACGAUGCGGACUGGUUCCUCAAAGCAGACGACGACACCUUUGUUGUUCCUGAAAACCUGCGCUAUUUGCUUUCUCAACACAACACAGAGGACCCGGUCUAUUUAGGACGCAGGUUCAGGCCGUUCGUUGCUCAGGGUUACAUGAGCGGUGGAGCAGGUUACGUCCUGAGCAAAGAGGCACUUCGGAGAUUUGUGAAGGGACACGCUGAUGGAAACUGUACACACUUCUCAGACAUCGAGGACAUGGCCCUGGGCACCUGCAUGGAGACUAUGAAUGUCACAGCUGAGGAUACCAGAGACAUAAAAAGCAGGCAAACUUUUCAUGCUUAUCCUCCCAAUGAAUACUUGCCUAGACAGCAGCCUAGACCACUGCCUAACCACCUUCUGUACGAGUACUACGACCCUGUUGAGGGACCUGGGUGCUGCUCGGAUUUAGCGAUAUCCUUUCAUUAUAUACGUCCAGAAGAAAUGUACAUGCUGGAGUACUUCACCUACCAUCUCCGUCCGUACGGGUACAAGUACAGAUGUAAUCCAGAGGCUGCAUUACGUGUUCUGUGAAUACAUUUUUGUAAUAUACUAUAAUCUAAAGCAGCUUGUAUUUUAUUUAUUUUAUUUAUUUGUAGUAUUGACUUGCAAAAUGAGCUUUUAGUUGUUUGUUUUUUCCAACAAUUUGAUUUACAGCACG